AUGGACACCACAUUAGAAGAAAGUACGACUGAAAAGGUAGCACCCUUGCUCCAUGAACUUGUAAAUCGAAUUUUGGCGGAGAGCAAAACAUUUGAUUCCGUACAAAAGGACUUUUUAUUUGUUUUGAUUGUUGUAUUGAUGAUAGAGAAUGGAUUUUUGCUUGUGAAUUGCAACAUGGAGGUGAUAGAUCUCAUUAAAUCCUUUGAUAUUGUACAGUUAUCCAAAUGGAAAUUGCCCUCAGGAACAUACGAAACUACGUUUAUAUUGUCUGGAUUUAAAAAUAUCACAUUGAAACUAAUUAUGAUUCCACUGGGAGCUACUGUGUUAGUAAAUUUAGUGGCUAAUGAGCUUAACUUUGAAACUUAUUCUAUCUGUUUACCCAUCAGCAGAUAUGUUGUUUCACCUCAAGCUACUUCUAUUCCUAUGAUUUUUCGAGACCUAAAGCAUUUCUCAACAACUUUUAAAAAUAAAACUGUGACAGCUAUCAAGAGCAGAAUACUAAGUCACCACGGAUAUCCUAGUGCAAGUUUAAUUGGGCUUCCUGAGGAAGUGAUAUUUAAAAUUAUGCAAGACCUCUCUGUUGUGGAUAUCCUUAAUUUAUGUAAAACAAGCAGAAGGCUGAAAGCUGUACUUGAAAUUGACAGCCUAUGGUAUUCCUUGUGUAAAAGAGACUUUGAAUGUAAUUCUGAAGCUGAAGUCGGAAACUGGAAGGAGUUGUACAAGCAACUUUAUGUUGUGGAACGAGACAAGAAAUUAAGAACUCAAAACUGUGGAGCUGGAAGCAUGCAUGACUAUAUGGAUUAUUCAGAUUAUAUUUCUUACAUUGAUAAUCCACUGUGGAAUGUUAUAAUUUAAAUUUAAACAAUUUCUUAUAAAUAUUAUAAUGUAGCUUGUAUGAAUUAAUGAAAUGACAAAGUUAGUUAUUCAAUAAACAGAUUUGAUUUGGGGUCAA